AUGACAGCCUUUAGCAUUGUUGUUCAACCUCCUGCUCGAGCCCAGGUGUCGACCACCCUUCAUCCACCUCUCGUUGCAGAGCUAAACUUCAGAGGGGCUGUACCUGGCCACUAUUUCUUCGCCAUGGCUUUCUUACUUACGAGAGAAGGGAAUAUUGUCGAGGGAGGCUUGUCGGGGACCACUUCGGUGAACGGCGUUGAUGUAACCACAGCUGGAGCUUCAAGAACAACAAUACAUUUCCCGUACACAGACCUUGCUAUUCUAGUUGAAGGCGCUUACAAGAUAAGAGUCGACGUUUACAAGGUUGCCUACGACAACACAGACGGCUAUGAUUUUCAAGAGCACGCCAAGAGCAGUCGUGUCACCGUCGUUAACGAAGCAGUGCCGGCUGUUCCGUUGAGCGCAGCAUCAUCCGAGCUCUCCAGGCUGCCGGAGUCUAUAUCCAUUAAUCAUAAUACCAACCUCGGAAAACACCAAGACGCAAAAUAUUCAAAGCAUAAUGACAAACAUAACAACGAAAACUGCAAGACUGCUGAUAGGCAUCUCGCAGAGGCUAUCAGGCAGAAUCAGAAUUCUAUCGGCGGUGUCGAGGAUUAA